AAUAAACCUAGAGAGAGAGAGAGAGAGAGAGAGAGAGAGAGAGAGAGGGAGAUCGGAUCUCUUCUUCUCCUGCUGUUACGACCAUGGGAGGUCGAAAAUGGCGUUUGUUAGCUCUAUUAAUGGCGAUAUGUUGCUCUCUCCCCUCGACGAAAGGAGCUUCGGAGGUUGUAGGAGGAGGAGGAAGAGGACGAUUGCUAUUAGGGUUUACGGUAACAAAGGGGAACUCUUCGUUCCAAUGCUCUCCCUCGGGCCCAUGUCUCCCUUGCCAAUACUCCGAGAAGAAUGAUGAGAAGUACAGAUGCAGUGAAACUGGUUAUCGCUUGCCUUUUAAAUGUGUAGAGGUACAAGAAGGUGCAAAAGGAAGUAAUACUAACACACGAAGAAAUUUGCUGCUCUCUGCAAUAAGCAACUCCAAAUGGAGAAAGUUGUUAGAGGAUUCAUCCGCAUCGGAUGAUGCGGCUAACAGCUACAUUACUUAUAGGAGCUGUGUACCUGCUGAUGACGAAGAGAAGUUGUCUGUCCUUGGUUUUGAGGUGAUUAUGGUGGGGCUUUUACUUAUUAGCGGACCAUUUGUUUACUUGAGGCAAAAACGAUCUGUGCCUAUUCCAGGAACUGGAGCUGUGAGAAUCGCAACAAACUCGCCUAGGUUCUAGUGUGUAACUCGUAAAGGAUCAGAAACCUUUUGAGAUUAUCGCUUAAAGGCUUAAUGAUUCUUUCCAACUCAUUUUUACUCCUAUGUUGUUUUGAUCAAUCGAUUAUUGUGUCGGCCGCUGCAUGUGUAAUAGAUGAUUAACAAAUAUUGUAUAUAAAAGUGCUUCUCUAAUUUGGGCUCCAUAAUGAUAUGCCGUCCAUCAUAGCUUUAA